AUGAUAAUUGUAUUUCUUGUUUUGUUAGUCAGUGAUAUUUUUAGGGUAAGUGAGGCAAAAACGUCUACGUCAAACCAGUUCUAUAAGAUUUCUAUGGUGUCAUCAAACAACGACCCCAGCCAUCCCGCUCUGUUCUCGCACGGAGAGAGCCCGGUGUGGGACGCUGAGACACAGAGCCUAUAUUUUGUAGAUGUUCACGCACAGAAUGUCCACCGUCUUGACUAUAAAACAGGAGAAAUUUCCAGUAAACAUAUUGGUUAUGGGAAAGUGAACCUAGUAUCGCUUAUAUCGGGUUCACGGCGACUUUUGGUGUCAGUGCGGUCGGCACUGUACCUUCUUGACUGGAAUGUUGCGGGUGAUGCGGCGCUGCGACUUCUCACUAACCUGGACGAGGGCCAACCCGAUAACCAGAUCAACGACGGAAAAGCCGACGUGGAAGGUCGAUUUUGGGUAGGAACAAAGGGUCCGCAGACUGGCGACGACGUGGUUGCUGACAAAGCGACUCUGUACAGCGUGGAGCAGGACUCGCACACACACGCGCGCGCGCACUUGCGGCCCGUGUCCGUGUCCAAUGGCAUCGCCUUUGCACUUAACAACUCGCUCAUGUAUUACAUUGACUCGCCCACUCAGCGAAUAGAAGCUUUUGACUACGACUCGCAGAAAGGAGAAAUCAGCGGCCGUCGGACAAUUCUUGACAUAUCCGCCUAUGGCUACGAAGACGCAAUACCAGAUGGUAUGACAAUCGACAAUAAGGGCCACUUAUGGGUUGCGCUUAUGUUUGGAGGCUCUGUUCUGCACAUAGACCCGGAUAAACGUCAAGUUGUGUAUGGAUACAAAUUACCUGUCGCCCGGACAACCUCUCUGUGUUGGGGCGGACCCAACCUGGAUGAGUUAUUUGUAACAACGGGACAAGAUCCCGGGACGAGUGAGAACGAACACCUUGCCGGAGCUCUGUUCACGAUUCGCGCCACCGGCAGUAGAGGCGUAUCCACGCCCAUGUUCCGAUUCGAUACCGCAGAUUCAUACUGA